AUGUCGGGCUCAUAUGGACAAGACACUGAGGGGGACUAUCACAUGCAAGAGGGCAAUGUGUUCGCCGAAGAAGAGGACGAAUUACAAGGCUUUGAUAUGGAUGCUUUAAUGGGUGAUAAAGAUGAAGAUGAUCAAACACCAAUUUUGUUUUCAGAUGGAGAAGAUGAAGACAAUAAUACAGGAGGAAGAGAUGAUGACGAUGCUGAAAUUGCAGCUGCUUUCGGAAGUGAUAGUGAUGUUUCGUUAGAUGAAGAGGACGAUGAUGAAGAAGGUGCAUUUAUGGAUGCAAUUAGAGCUGCUAAUAAUUUUAGAGUUAAAAAAAGAGGUGAUAAAAAGAGACCUCGAGCUAAACCAACAAGAGAAUUAGAUCCUGAAGUCAUGAUGUUGCUUUCAGUUGCCAAUGAAUUUUUCGUUGAUGGUCGUUAUGAUGAAGCUGAAGAGAAAUUUUUGGAAGUUAUCAAAUUGGAUCCAAGAAAUUUUUCUGCUUAUAAGACGUUAGGUGAAAUUUAUGAUCGUCAAGAUUUGAAGAAUAAAGCAUGUAAUGCUUGGUUCUUAGCUGCUCAUUUAAAUCCAGCAGAUGGUAGAAAUUGGGAAUUUGUUGCAAGAGUCAGUAGAGAUUUAGGUCAUUUGGCUCAAGCUCUUUAUUGUUAUGGUAGAGCUUUAACUGCUAAACAUAAAACUUAUGAUGUCUUGUAUCAAAGAGCUUUGUUAUACAGGGAAGUUGGUCAAUUGGGUAGAUCAUUAGAAAAUUUUCAAAAAUUACAAAAAAUUUAUCCUGGUGAAUCUGAUGUUGUCAGAGAAUUAGCAUUGAUUUAUAUUCAACUUAAUAGAGUUAAUGAUGCAAUUGCCAUGUAUUUAAAGAUUUAUGAAAGAAAUGUUGCUAAAAGAUUGAAAGAUGAUGAUAAUAAUUAUUUAGAUGCGUCCGAUGAAGAUGAAGAGGAAGAAGAAGAUUCAGGUUCAGAAAUAUUCCCAGUAUUCAAUUGGUCAAUGUUGAACAUUUUAGCUGAGUUAUUCGUCAAACAGAAAAAUCAUGCUAUUGCAGUUAAAACCAUUAAACAAAUUUCUCGUUGGAUACAAAGAAGAGAAGAUGAAGAAUUUUGGGAAGAUGUCAAUGAUGAUUCUGAAUUUGACGAAAGAAGAUAUGAAAACUUCAAAUUUGAAGCAUUAUCAGAUGUUCUCAAAACUAGAUCACAUAAAUUACCAAUUGAUAUAAGAGUUAAAUUAGGAUCUUUAAGAUUAAGACUGAAUCAUACCGAGGAAGCAUUGAUUCAUUUUGGAUUCUUACUGAAUGAAGAUCUUGAAGAAAUGGCUGAUUUAUAUUCAGAUGCUGGUACUAAACUUGAAGAAGUUCAACUAUUCAGUGAUGCAGUUAAAUUUUAUUUACCUUUAAGUAGACUUGAUGAAUUUCAAAUCCCGGAACUUUUCACUUCAUUGGGUAGAUGUUUCACAGAGCUUGGUAAAUAUGAAGAUGCUAAAGAAUAUUAUUCAUUUGCACAAGAAUUAGACCCUGAAAAUAUAGAUAUACAAUUAGCAUUAGUUGAAGUUUUAUACUAUCUUGAAGAAUUUGAAGAAUCUCAACACUUAUUGGAAGCAAUCAACAAAAAGAGAAGCGUAUCAAAGAAAUCUAUACACGAUGAUGCUGAUGAUGCUGUUGAUGCUGAUGCUGAUGCUGACACUGAUAAUAGAUCUAAAUCACCUGAGCAAGACCAUCCGUUUACUUCAAUAAAUGACGAGUUGGCUUUGAUUCAAAAUAAUACUUUGAGAGUACCAAAAAAGGGAAAAUUAACAGAAGCUGAGAAACAAGAAAGAGAUGCUAAAAUCAAACGGAAUGUGUUAGAUAAAUAUAACAGAUUACAGAGACUUCACAUUGGUUUAGAAGAAGGUGAUCCAAUUGCAGCUACAACAUGGAUUCAAUUGGCAUCAGAAUUGAUUGAACUUUUUUCCAACGUUAAGAAUUUUUUUUCUAGAGAUCGUUCAAUAAAAUUUAGAGGUAUAAUUACAAGAACAAGAAGAAUUAAAAUGGACAUUGAAUCUAAAAUUGAAAGAAUUUCUCAAUUAUAUCAAGGUUUUACUUCAAAAAAUGAAGAAAGAAUUAGUAUUACUGCAACUGAAGAAUAUAGAGGCUUGAAAUAUCAACAAUGGUUUGAACUUUUCAUGCAAUAUGCACUAGCAGUUGCUAAAUAUGACAACCCAAUUGAUGCCAGUAGUAUUGUUGAUAAUGCUAAAAAUAUUAAUGUUUUCUAUCAAAACAAAGAACGUGAAGAGAUUAUGAAUAUGGUUAAACUUGCUGUUUCUUUGAAAACUCAAGAUAAUAAAGAGAUGUUACUUUCACUAAGAAUAGUAUUGAAUAGUUUCCAAUUUCAUAAAAAAGUUUUGAAAUUAUUUUUAUUAUGUCAACCAUCAGGUAAAAUUUGUACAGAAAAUUUUAUUUCAAUCAAUCAUCAAAAAUAUUUUUUGAGACAAAUUAAAGCUUAUGAUUCGUUGAAUCAAAACAAUAAAUCAAUAACAGGUAUGGCAACAAUUACAAAUACAGGUGCUAAAACUGAAGGUCAUGAUAAUGCCUAUUUGAUGUAUAUUUAUGCUUGUUUGUUAUUUACAAACAGAAGUUAUGUUCCAAGUUUAGUAUAUUUCACAAGAAUCUAUAAAUCUUUCAAAAAUGAACCAAUUGUUUGUUUAAAUGCAGGUUUAGCACAUGUUCAUAGAUCUAUGCAAAGAUCUUCAUCAAAUCGUCAUUUAGAAUUACUUCAAGGUUUAAAAUUCAUUUUUGAGUAUUAUGAACUUAGAAACUCUAAAAAUUUUGAAAGACUAGAACACCAGGAAGCAGCUUAUAACGUUGCAAGAGUCUAUCAUUUAUUAGGGUUAUUUUCAAUUGCAGUUGAAUACUAUAACCAAGUUUUAACUUCAUUUGAUGAUUUAGAUAUAGAAGAAGAUUUGAAAAGACCAGCAGCAUAUAACUUGAUCCUGAUUUAUAAUGAAAGUGGGAACACCCGUCUUUCAAAUAAGAUCAUGGAGGACUAUUUAACCAUUUAA